AUGGGCUCCACGGAAGAUCAGCUCGUGAGUACGUCCGCCUUCGUUAUGGCGCCGUCGGCCUUUCCAGGCCUGGACGUCGCCGGGCGCGCAGGGGAGCUCAUCGAAGGUACAUCUACCUUGGGCGUCGGGCCUUUCGGCCAUUUGCCCGGCACCCUGCAGCAGUUACAACAGCUACAACCAAACCAGCUGUUCCAGCUUAUCCGGCAAGAGGCCGCCAACAGCACUCCAAAAGAUCAAUCAGUUGCGCAUCUGCAAUCGUCCCAGCAGCGUUCUCAACGACACGACCCCAGCGACCAGCUCAACGGCAAAGAGAACCAAAGGCCAGGCGGUGCAGCUGGUCCAACUGCAGUUAUCCCUAGUGUUGGCCUCGCCAGUUGUAGUGCUGGAGGUGGAGGGGCGCUUCUUGCGCACCUCGCAGAAAGCCAAUCAAGACAGCAACAGAAGGAGCUGUCCUUUGGGGGCCUGCCAAACCUUCAGGGCCUUCAGGGCCGGCACAACGCUUAUGAAGCCGAUGACUCGGAGCCCGAGGAAAUCACUUCGGACCUCCACGAUCGGCAGGGACCGCAAACACCGUCCGGGCAUCUGCACGGCCUAUUCCAAACUUCUCCGCCGGCCGCGACUGGGCAGCAUCUUUCCCACGCACACGUGGAGCUGCCACCGUUUGGAAAGACAUCGGUCAUCCGUGAGACGAGACAAGCAAGCAGUAGUGAUCAGCUUGUGAAUAGCUGUGGCCCAAUAGUAAUUUCGUCCUCUGGGAGCUCACCCCUAAAACAACAACCUCUAGGCCUUCUUAACGUAAACGGUCCUUUACUUCGACUCCCGUCAUUGAAGCAGGAGGAUACCGGUGAUCACCAAGACGAGAAUCGGCCUUUAAGUGGAUUUCUACCGACGUUUAAUUUCCCGUCAAGUCACGGGCUAAGUAUACAUCCGAUUAAUCCAGUCAAUUCUGGGGGAAGCAACUCAAACUUGAUUGCCUUAGCGGCCUCUUCACUGGAAAGCAGCUCCUCCUUAACGUCAGGCGGACAGGCCAACUCCAACGGUCUGCAAGCUCAAAACAACAACAACAACCAUUUCACGCCGAGCACUGCUCCGUCACCUUUACAUUUUUCUACAGCACACUCACCGCACUCGCAGGCGUCUGUAAUUAUGGACCCGCAGCACCUAUAUCAGUUGCAAGCCGCUCAACAGGUGGCGGCAGCACAGCAGCUCGUGUCGUUGGGUCAGGCGGCAGCAGCCGCUCAUGGCGGGCAACCGCCGCCGGUAUCAGGUCUUCAACUCCUCAAUUAUGCUAACCAAAACAAUUCCAACAACAACUCGUCUAACAAUGGCAGUAGCGAACAUAACCUUGCCGUGGCUUUAGGUGUUUCAGGCUACGCAGGUGUCGGCGGCGUGGCAGCCACGCAGAACGCGGGUUCUGCCACACCAGAAAAACCGUGGCCAUGCCCGUCGUGCAAGAUUCCGUUCGCAUCCGCAAUUGAGCUGCAGGCUCAUCUUACCACGCACACGCAGAAACCGGGCCAGGUAAAGGUCGAAGGGCGCAACAUUCCAUGUGAAGUGUGCGGAAAGUUGUUUGCUACCCAAGACCGAAUGAAGGCUCAUAUGCGUUCAGCUCACCAAGCCGACAAGAACUGCUCGUGCAGCAUCUGUGGAUCAGGCGGCGUAUGCCCCCAAUCCGCAGGAUUCAGCUACCGCUGCAAGCUCCUGGACCACAUGAGAUCCCACAGCGGUGAGCGGCCGUUUCACUGCGACGUUUGUGGACGAGGCUUUUCGCAGAAGAACCACCUCACGCGGCACAUGAUGAUCCACACCGGGGAACGGCCGUUUGCUUGCGAGUUUUGCGGCAGAGGCUUCUACAGGAAGGAUAAACUCACUAGACACAGGCGCACACAUACUGGCUGGCCUCCGGGCGAGGCACCGAAGGCGACGAACGGCGAGCAAGUUGGCAUGGCGCUGGCUCUGAUGAACCAGUCGGUUCAGCCGAGCAGCGGCAGCGGCGGCGCGAGCGGCCAGCAGGGCGGGGGCGGCGGGGGCGGCGGCCGCGGUGGGCGGCGAGCCACCAUCAACCCCGUCACGUGCCACUGCGAAAUCUGCGGCCGCGGGUUCACCGAGCGGGCGCAUCUCGCGCGGCAUCACAUGAUCCAUACGGGCGAGACUCCCUUCAUCUGCCCCGUCUGCCAGAAGGGCUUCUACAGAAAGGACAAGCUCAACGGCCACAUGCGCACGCACACUGGUAUGUCCCCUCUGACGACCUACCUAGCUACGACCACCUGAGCAGCUACAACAACAACAACAACAAUACAACUACCACUAUGAGUCUGAUCAUGCUAAUAACGAUCAAAAACACCAAAAGUGAUACCAGAAAAAGAGACAAACGACAAAACAACAACAAAAGGCAAAAUCAAGCUCAGAGAUACGCACGUACAUAGACGUCCACGCACAAACACGCACUAUACAUGGAAGACGCACAAUCAGUUUCCGACCUCCUGGGUGUCACAAUAAUUUAGGAUAUGAUUGACCCCCGAGUCAUGUAGAUUGCAAGAACGCGACUUUAAUGCUAUUUCAUUGUUACUUAUAACAGUAACAUUUAGAUCGGGCUAACUGACUGCGCAUAGUACCUAUAGCUCGUUACUUAAAUUAUCAAAAAAAUAUAUAUUUAACGCUUUAUACUGCUAAACUGCUAGCUAUGGCUGGCUGUUGUUGUUUGCAUGACGCUUUUGAUUUCGUCUGAAAAGAGUAUUGAAGGCCAAGUCUAUAUGCACUGCUCAGUGCUUGCUUACCUUCAUCCGUAUAGAUAAACUUGCCAGUGCGUUUCUACAUUUUAAUAUGUACUAAAUGCACGCCUGGACUCAUCAUUGAACUGCUAGAAGUUCGUCAAAAUAAGUAUUGUCACAUAAUCAGCGGAACACGUAGCGAGCUUGGAACAUGUCAAGUUAGCUUAAUAAAAACUAUGUAACAGAGUCAACGGUUUUCCGUAAAAUGAGUUGAGCAGUACGAUGAAAGCUUAGUAUUUUUAAAGUCAAGUAACACGCCCAGAAGAUUCAUAAACACGUUUCUUCAAACAUCAACAUGUCGGCUAUCUAACGCUACUACAACGGCACAAAUACACAACACGUAAAUGACAAUGGUUAAAAGAGCAUCAUGACCUAGCUAUUCACUAGUCAGUCGACAAUAGGCAACGUUACAUUCUUCUAGAAAAGGAAAGUGUUCCAUGCGUCUCUUAUAUGCUCUCGCCUACGCCGUUCUUUUUUUAAUUACUUUCAGUUUAACAAAGAAAUGUCGACGUUGGUAAAAACACAAGCUGAUACUCUCAUAUAAAAUAUUAAGCAUACAAAUUGAUAAAGAUAGCGAUCGAGUAGAACUUCCUAUUCUCUAUAUCUAAAUGGAUGAGUUUACCUUGCCGAUGCUCUGAAGCACUUCGUGCAAUGGAUGACAAUAUGUGGUCGAUAGAUACCUUUACAUAGAGUUACUAUUAUCGCUAGAACACAGAACUAGAUUAAGUAAAUAUCAUGAAGUGUAGACGAACUCUACAACACCUAGAUCUCAUGGUUGCUGAUAAUGACUGACAAGCACUGUUCACUGUUGGCUGUUGAAACCAGUUAAAGUACGAACCUGACAUCUACUAUUGUCCGAUUUACGAAGUGGAUAAAGUCAUACGAUUCACAGCAAGAGCGAUCAUGUCACAAGCAUGUCACGAUUGCAAAUGUUCCCUCAGAUCGUGUAAAAAAGGAAACAAUGUCUUCUGGAAGUAGCGUGGAAAGAGAACGCUAGAGAUAGCUGGAAAACAAGUGCGACUCGUGAAGCUUUUGCAUCCGCUAUACCUGCUUUUGUUGCUGUUGUUAUUGUCGUGGUUGUUGUUUUUGUUGAGCUGCUGCAGGCUGCGUUGAUUAGCUUCAUCGAUCGCUCAAUAUUUGGGAUCGACACGUUUAUGUAUAGUAAAUGCGAUUUUGUGAGGAGAAUCGACUGUAAUAUGGCAAGGGAGCAUUCGAGGAUCGUUGUAUGUUACUUUUCUAGUUUUCUAUUAUUCCUCUCGCAGAAGUAAGCGUGGGUGCCGGUAGCUGCUUCGCCCACUAUAGCAACAACAACAAACUGUAGCCGGUCUGGCCUCCCUCUCCUCUGCGUUUUAUGGUAGCCUCGAGUGAGGCGUGUCGGAACAAUAAUAAGCGCGUCCACCGUACAAACAAAAUCUAAUCCAGCAUAUUUAUAUGUAUAUAUAUCCCGUGUCACCUGCGACCAUUCCCUGUCGGACACAAUAUCCUGCCAACCCAUGCCAAAAUCUCUUUUUCCGUCACAUGUCUUCCUCUGUCUUUUCAUCAUAUGGCCUUUUCUACAACAAUUACUAUUUACCACUAAUGCGUAGAAUAUAAUCUACGAAUGUAUGUACAUACCAUAUGCUUUAUAGGUGCAUACAUUUGUAUCUAUUAGAAUUAGCCGUCCCACGUCUAGUUCCACGGUGACAUCUUGUGCACGCGUUCUUCAACUAAAUUUUAACAGCUACGACUAUUAAUAACUCGACUUUCACCCAGCCCAUCCAUCCUUUUAUUCAUUCAUUACCGUUGUUGUUGUUGUUGACCCGAUCUGGCGUGCAGUGUGACGGGAUUUAGAUUCAGAUCGAUCGUUGAUUGAUUGGUUAGCUGAUUAGUGGACUGAUGAUUAGCUCAUGAUCAUUGGUAUAAUGCUAAAUGCAGUUGAUGGUGCUAAGCUUCACGAUGAUGGCUAUAAUAAAGGAACCGAUGUUUCUUGAAACAGACAAAAAGAGAUGGAUUGAUAUACAUAUAGAGACAACAUAUAUAAAAUAUGCUGAUGAAUGAAUGAACGUGAUUGUGGUAAUGUUGGCGAUGAUGAUAGUGGUGAUGUUGCUGCUGGUGGAUGUUGGUAAUUGUGGACGUGGUGAACGGCGGCGCGGGGUAUAUGGCGGCAGAGUGGUUGCCUAGCGUUCGUUCUGUUCUCUGUCGUUCUCUGUUCUAGGAGAGAAGCCGUUCGUAUGU